GCUCCCCCACACUCGCCCCAACAGUCCCAGCCCAAACUUUUUGCCUGUGAAAAAUGAGAACAUUUGGCUCCAAUUAGAAGGAUAGUUGGCAGAGAUAAACUAACAGAGCCUUUUUUUUUUUUUAAACCAAAGACUUUACUUCUUCAGUCUGGAGAGAGUGAGAAAGGAAAUCUGAAAUAGGCAGAAGAAGUAGACAGAAACUCAGCUUAGAUAAUGCUCAGGAGACCAACUAACAGAGGCAACAAUAUUGCAAGAAAAUCAGCGUUCUAGAGUGAAAUCACUGUGUAGACAAAAGGGAAAAAAAGAGGUUUGAUAAGGGUAACGUGCAGAGAGAUGCAGAAGAUGUAAGGCAGAGUUGCCAAGAGACAAGAGCCACAGGGACAAAAAAACCUCCCUAUCUGUAGCUAGAAGGGCUGAGAAUUAAGCAGAACAGUGAUGGUGGAAUCCAGUUAUCACUUUACUGACUGAUUGCGAGAUAAAAGCCGGAAUACUGUGGAGGGGGUUUUGCCUUUAGGUGAAGUUUUGCUCUCAGAGUGUUUUUGGGAAUACACAAUGGACCUCCACGGACAUGGAAACACAAAUUCUAGGUGUGCAAAGGGAGCCUUGCUUUUCCUUGGACUGUUGGCUGGGGUGGUUUUGGUGACUGGACUUUUCAACCCUCCUGCUUCACCAUCCAGCAGAACACAGGUAAGAGUUAAAACCACAUCAGAAUCCUGCUCAGACUUGCCUUAAAGGGAAAUUGUCUGUUAAACAACCAGGUAAAGUUUAACCACUUAAUAUGAUGCUAGACUAAAUAUAAUUUUAAUAGAAGGUAUUUUUUCCCUUUGGUUUUCCAUUAAAAUAGGAAAUUGAUUUUCUUUUCUUGUAAUUACAUGCAUAGUUUUGUGUAACGUGUUGCUCAAACAAUGAUUUUCUCAUGUUACACCAUAGCAGUAAAAUGUGUCAGAAGCUGGUGGUUCUAUAGUCAGGGUUAAUAAUCCAUGACUUGCAAUGUGUCAGAUUUUAUUGUGUCUGUUUUUGGUUUCCUCUUGUACUCUUUAAAAAAGACCAUAAUGCUUUCUUGAAGCGGUACUAUCACUUCCCAGAUUUUUGUAAUAUUGUGUUAAAUUAAGCCAUGUGUAUUGCAAAUAUGUGUUUGUGAAGUCUGAAAAAUAACAUUAAAGAAACAUUCCUAACACCUAAAGCAUUUUAUCUUGCUAAAAUGCUUUAUUAUUAUUAUUCUCGCCAUUUAUAUAGCGCCAACAGAUUCCGUAGCGCUUUCCAAUAUUAUGAGAGGGGGGAUUUAACUAUAAACAGGACAACUACAAGAAAACUUACAGGAAUGAUAGGUUGAAGAGGACCCUGCUCAAAUGAGCUCACAUUCUAUAUGUGAAGAGUAAUAGAGGUCCAGUCACUCCAAUGUUCAAGACAGGUACUUUAUUAGGAACCACCAUGGUGGUUCCUAAUAAAGUACCUGUCUUGAACCAAGGAGUGCCUGGACCUCUAUUACUUUAUUAAUUUUUGGAAAUUAGGUGUUUGAUUUCGGUUCAGCAAGCACCCUGGCUCAGAUUUAUGGGAGUGAGUGCAGUUCCACACACACUACUAUAUGUGAAGAGUGUCUAUUUUCAUUUUACAACAAGUGCAGAUUUCAGUAGUAAUUGGCACUUUUUAAAAUUAAUCUUAUUACAACCCCCAUGCUGUCAAAAGAAGACAAGGCCGCUUUUUAAAAAGGACACAGACGCUAUAACCAUUUCAUCUCAUUGAAUUGGGUAUAGUACCUAGAUUUUCCUAAACCUGUCCCUCGAUUCAGUGUUAAAAUAGUUUUGAGAAGUUUAAUAUUGAAUGAGGGUCCUUGAUUGGUCACAGUCCAGCCCCCACUGGAGGGAUGUCUAAGAGAUUAUACACUUCCUUAAUCAAACCCAUUCAUAAUUUAAAGUGCCAAAAAUAGCCUGAAUUGCAGUUUUUCUCAAAUACAAUUAUUUUGUUUAAAAUGUUCCAUUCCUUUAUUUCGAUUUACUGAAAUUCAAUAUUUAGUGAAUAAAAUGUUUAAUUUAGGGAACAUGCCUGUCAAUACUUUAAUUCCUCUAAAAACUGUGAAUGUUAUUAUCAGGUGACUAACAUUUGUCUCUCAUUCAUGGGCGUCCGCAGGAAUUUUUCCAGGGGGGGGCAAAAUUGUAAUGACAUCCAUGCUUGGUACCUUUUUACACUAUGUGAAAUUAUAGGGGCAUUUCAGCUCUUACGUUAAGCUUUUAAUAAAAAUUAAAAAAAUAGCAACCAUAUUUAGCCAUGUAGCAAUGUUCCACUUCAUAUACUCCCCCUCCCCCCAAAUUCUGACUUCCAAGUCCACUCGCGUUAGUAGAAGAUUAGUUGUGUGUCUUAAAUGCACGCAGUAAAUUCACAUUUGGCCGAACAGCUCUACAGUUGGGUCUCCAUUGAACUCAGAUGCUUAACUUGUAGGGAACCCGCCUCCUCCAAGAUGGCAGUGAGUGUUCCAUUGGACAAACUAAACUAAGGCGAGCUAAAUGUAUAAUCUGGCAAUGCAACCCCAUUAAUUCUUCCUUAUGAAUAUCUUGGUGGCAUUAGUUCUUUUCAACAUGUUCCUGUGCAGAGCAGGAGGAAGACCCUACUUAGCCAGAGUGUGGCACCACUAUGGGGUCGUGAUGGCAGGGCUUAGAAGGAAGCGAAACAAAGCUGGGCCCAAUAAAGGGAAAGGACUCAGCUACAUCAGUCAAAAAUGGAAAUUAACUGUCUGACCCAAAGGGAAGAUUUUUUUGAAAAUAUUGCAGAGUAAUUUGCACCUCUUCUGUGAAGUUUUUUUAAUGAUGAGAAUGACCAAUGAUACAUAAUUUUAAUGUUACUUUUCCUUUAGUAAUAUUAUGUUUUUGCACCAUAAAUGUAUGCUAUUCUCCGUUGUAGAAUAUUCACACAAUAUUGUUAGUGGUGUGUUUGUGGAGGUGCGAAAACUCUUUGUCUCUGUGUGGGCCCCCCUCCCCCCACCCUGUUUAUUUUAAUAAUUGCCCCCAUAAAACACUUAUGGGUGAGGACUAGGGGGACAUUAGGCCCCCAGUUAUUUUAUUAAUAGCCCUCUACCACUACUCACAGGUUAGGAGCUGAAGAGACACUAACAUGUCUCCAACGUUUGUUAAUUUUUUUUAAUUUUAAAAUGACCUCAUCUGAUAUUUUCAAUGUAAAGUAGUGGUGUGGUGUCAGUUGAUUGUGCUUAUGGCCUUGUGCUGACAGCAGUGCAGGAAAUUCAUUCCAGGUUCGAACCUUGAGGGCUGUUCUAAGCACCGUGACAGCCCAUUAUGUAAUAAGGGGAACUGAGCCUGCAGGACCAGGUGUUAUGUCUGAAUGUUUAUCCUACAAAUGAGAUCUGUUCCAGAGUAUAAAUAGAUCCAGUUACGUUAUGUGUCAAAUGUAUUCUCCUAAGAAUCAAGAAUCUAGCAAUUUGGCAGACCAGACAAAUUGCAUGGAGUACCCAGCUGUAAUAAUGAAUGCAGCAAGACACAAAAUGAAAUACAAUGAAGCCUUGUUUAAUGUACAGUUGGAAUUGCAAAUGUAGGAGCUAAUGAGUGUUGCUAUGCUUUAUUUUUGAUCAUGCAUUGUAGCGUUCUGUUAAAGGGACGCUCCAGACCCCUAAAGCACUUCAGCUUGCUGAAAAGCGUUAUGGGUGAAGAACGAGCCCUAUAUUUUAUUUUAUUUUAUUUUUUGAAAAUGUGUUUUAAAGAAGGCCAAAAUGAUCUUACAAGAUUGCUGAAUUUCUCGUGAACAGGGAUCUUGCUGGUUUCGGUUCUGGACUGCCCUUAUGAGCGGGAUCAGUCUCAUAUGUAAAUAUUAUAGGAUCUCUUGGCACAAGUGAGCAAAAGAUUUUUUAUUUUUUUUAAAGACCAGUCGGGACUAACCGAAGGGCAAGCUACUAAGUUUACUUGCAUCCUCGGUGUCAUAUUCUUUGUUUCUAGGUAAAUUGAUUUGCAUAGAAUUGCAUUAUUAAAAACCCAGGGAUAGAGCUACAUGCAGAAAUAAAAUAUUUUUUCUCCUAAACUAGACAGAGAACUACAGCUUAAUGUACCUACCUUAAGUGGGCACGCCGCAGACGGCCACUAGAGGUGCUUCCUGUGUCAGUGCUGCAAAGUGUUCAGGUUCACGUUAGUUUAAUGCAUCUCAAGGUGGAGAUGCUGAUUGGCGCAGCUUUUCUGUGGGAAAACAUUGGAUUGGAUGAGAUUGUCAAAUUUGAUGAUCUCAGCCAUGGUGAGACUGGCGCAGAACUAGGAAAAAGGUGAGUAAAUUCACAUUUUUAAAGGCAGCCAAGGGGGUUCGGAAACCUAAAGAGUGAUUUUACCACUAUAGUGUCAGUAAUACGUUUGUGUUCCUGACACUAUUGGGUUUCUUUAAACUUACCUUUUCUCCAUUGCUGCAUGGUUCUCACUGUGGCUGACGCUGUUUCCAUGGCUGAGAUCAUCAAUCUUGUUUGGCAAAAUGCUGCACUCUUCAUCAUCUCCUUAUAUAGAUGCAUUGUAUCAAUGCAUCUCUAAGAGGAGUGUUCAGCACCAUGCAGAGAGUGGAGACGCUGAACGCCAGACAUAGAAAGCACCUCUAGUGGCCAUCUGAGUGACUGCCACUAGAGUCGUUACUAAUCACUAAUGUAAGAUUUCUCUGAAAAGGAAGUUUGCAUUGACAGGCUAUACAGGGCCAGAUUAACAUAGGGGCUGAUGGAGCUGCAGAUCCAGACCCAUAGAAAAGGCCCAUUGCAGUCUGUAUAACAGUUAGUAAGAAGAUAAGGAGAGGAGUGGACAAAUGAGUAUUAGUUAGAAAGCGUGGAGCGAGCGCAUCAUUAGACGCAUUUAUGCCACGCUCAGGGUGCUGCCUGCAUGGUAUUCCCUUAGUUGGCAAGCCUGCAUGAUUUUCAGGUGGCCUGACAUGCAUUUACACCAGGCUGACCUUCUAAAGUCUCAGGCAGAUUUUUUGGGGGAAUGACUACCCCUUUGGGUGGUUCUGGUUACGUGAUUUGCGUCAGUGGCCCGCCCUUUUACCCCGCCGGACACAGCAUUUAGUGGGUAUGAAUUUAUUUAAAAGAUGAAAGCAAGACAUUAGCAUAGAGUAUGUGUUUUAUUAAAGCUAUAUUCUGUUAGUUUCCCUCCAGCACCACCCCCACCAGAUACAUGACGAUUGGGAGGGAUAACGGUUUUAGUGUUUUCUGUCAAUACGAUUCUAUAAUAAGGCCAAUCAUUGUCAGCACCAGGCCCAAUGGGCUCUUAAUGUGGUCCUGAGGCUAUAGACACCAGAACCACUACAUUAUGCUGUGUCUCUUUAAACUGACAUUUUAAUAAUAUGGUAAGACAAAGAAAUGAUAGUCAUCAUUCAUAUACAAUGAGAAUUUAUGUACUUAUAAUCUCUAGAGUAAAGUCUAAAGCAUAGCUUUCCAAAUGUUUCAUGCUGGUUAUACACUUUUCAGGCAUGGCAGCGGUCCAGACAGUGUUCUAAUUCUUAAACACAUCACUUCAUGUAUGAUCCCUUGACCGUCUCUCUAACACUCUGACCCCUAUUCACAAUAUGGUAAUAUAAUAAACCCAGCUCAAUUUGGCUCUUCUCAACUUAUUUACUGUUGGUUGCUGCAGCUGCCAGGCUGGUUGGCAGGCCUCUUUCUUACCUAAACCCCUUAAUGUUUCUCUUUUUCCCGUUCCCCUCUGUAUGUCUCUUCCCCCAACCCUUCUGUGUGUCUCUUUGUCCCUCCCACGGCCAAUUUGUGUGUCUCUUUGUCCCUCCCACAGCCCCUUUAUGUGUUUUUGUUUCUCCCACAACCUCUUUCUGUGUCUCUUUGUCCCUCCCACUGCCCCUUUCUGUGUCUUUGUCCCGCCCACAGCCCCUUUGUGUGUCUCUUUGUCCCCCUCAGCCCCUCUGUGUGUCUCUUUCUCCUCCCUCAGCCCAUCUGUGUGUCCCCUUGUGGCUUCUCGGUGUGUUUUUGCCCUUUACCUAUGUUUACCUCCCUCAAUGUAGUAUGGCCUAGCAGGCGAACAGCAGUAGAGGAGCUUCUAUUUCCCCUACCCGGUCUAACAGGAAGCAGUUCUGUGCUCUCAGUGAAGUUCCUCUACUGCGGUCCACCUGCUUGGCCACACAACAUGGAGUGACUGGCAGAAGGGGAGCGCUGUGCAAUGCACUCCCCUUCCUGUCAGACACCUCAUUUGCGUGACACACUCAGACUGUGUAGCCGACACACUAACGUGCCGAGCCACACAGUUCAGAAUGCUGUGGUCUAAAAUAUCAAUUAGGGUGAUAUGAACAUAGGAAGAAAAAGAACAAACUGUUUUAUUAUUCAAAAACUUCAAAAGCCUUCUUAAUUAUUAUUAUUAUUAAGAAGGUUUUUGAAGUUUUUCAUUUGAAAGCGUCUGAACAAACAGCACAAACUUGUCAGUGGAGAAAACAUGAGUCAGCACCAGAUUGUCCGUUGCAUCAAUGUUAUUGUAAUUAAAGUGCAUAAAAUCUCUUAAUAGAAAGCAGGUGCUGUCAGGGCCAGAUUUGCCAAUUGGCAGAGCGGGCAGGUAUCUACUAGGGUUGCCUAACUCCGACUUCAAAUAUACAUUUACUUUUCAUUUCAGAUUUGUUUGGGGGUGGGGGGGGGGAUUCAGACUUUUUCACUUGUCAACGUGGUAUUUACAUAACCAUUUUUUUUUAUUUUGGGAAGGAGGGAAGGAGUAAGACAUUUGCUUCCUGAUUCUCUUGGAGCAAGAAACAGAGAGCUGCAUUGUUUUAUGUGCAUUAGGACAACGGAGAGUUCUGCAUCUGCAGGCAAUUGAGAUGUAGAUUCAGGCCUGGAGGCUCUGUAAAACGUCUGUACGAAAAGCUGAUAAUCACAAGGAUUUUACUUUGGUAUUGAAACAACUUUCUAUUUUACUAGUGAUAUAGAACUACUAACAUGGUGGUUAUUAUUAUUUUUAUUUACACAUACAUUUUUUCAUGCUUUUUAUUUAUUUUUUGUCCAUUUCCCAACUAUCAGCAUUUGCACAUUAUCGGCCAAUCACAACUGUCCAUCAUUGUUUAAGUCCCUGCAGUUAAAUCUGUCUAGAAAAUCCAGUCUGUGUUCACUAAUGUCUUUCAUAUCAGGAGCAGUGAUCUUACUUUGAAGCAGAAAAUAUUAUCAUUGUAUCUUUAAAGUGUAUUUACCGUAAGAUAUGGUGACUUUUCCAAAUUGUUAAUGCUUUAAAAAAUGUGUGUGUGUAUGUGUGUGUAUAUAUAUAUAUAUAUAUAUAUAUAUAUAUAUAUUUAUUUAGUUAGUUAUAAAAUAUUUUACCAGGAGGGAUACAUUGAGAUUCCUCUCCCAGUUUCAUAUAUGUGUAAAGCAAAAGAAUACUUUUAAAAUUCAGUUGACCUUUAAAUGCUAGAGCCACAGAUGACUUUGUUUUCUUUCUUUAAUUAAAGGAUCCCUCUAAGUACUAUAACCACUACAGUUCUUUGUAUUGCUUAUGGGACCAGGGAACCCUGACACCCUCCCAGUAUAAGCAGUCAAAUGAUUUUGAACAAUUUGACUUCUUAUCUGGGUUCCACCAGACCAAUCCACCCCAAACACACACACACCUCCACUACUAUCUCCCAAGAGAUGAAAGUUCCUCAGUAGAAAGAAACUUCUUCCUCAGAUAGUUACUAGAGGUGCUUCCUGUGGCAGUGCUGUACAGUGUGCAGCACUGACAUUCAGUAUCUCCAUCCUCAGCAUGGAGACACUGAACUUUCCUCAUAGAGAUGCAUUGAUUCAAUGCAGAGGCGUAACUAGAAACCAUGGGGCCCCGGUGCGAAAAUUGCCUUGGGGGCCCCCCAUACAUCUAUCUCCUACCCCCCGCCCCUCCCCACACAUGUAGACACACACACACAGAGACCCAUACAUACAGACAUGCACUCAGACACACAUACACUUUCAGACACACACAGACAAACACACACACACAUAAAGACACACACUUAAACACAUUCAGACACACACACAUACACACACAAAUUAUUAAUAAUUAAUGUCCACCCAGCCUCACUACCUGAAGAGAUGGCAUGGAUCUGUCCCUGGGGUCCAGUGGGGCUUCAGUGCGGCGGGUGGCAGAGCUCCUGUCAGACACGGCAAGGGAGCUGUGUUCUCUCUGCUUUGCUCCCUCGCAGGCUGUUUACUGAUGCCGGGAGCUGGAAUAUGGUGUCAUUUCACGGCUCCCGGCAUCCGCAAAUGGCGCUCGAGGGAGCAGAGUAGAGAGAACACCGCUCCCUCGCAGCGUCUGACAGGAACUCUACCGCCCACCAGGGAGGUCCAUUAGGUGGCCAGUGGCCAGUGGCCCACCUCUUGGGCCCCCUUAUGUCAGGGGGAACAAGGAGGACACGACAUCUAGGUGGCUCACGGUCACAGGGGUCGUGGCUGCAGCAGGGUCCCCUGCAGUGAGGGGCCCGGUUGCAGCAGCGAACCCUGCGACCGUGGUAGGUACGCCACUGAUUCAAUCAUCUCUAUGAGGAGAUGCUGAUUGGCCAGGGCUGUGUUUGGCUUCGCCCCCACUCCCUUCGCUGAGAUCAUCAGUACUGACGAUCCCAGCCAAUCUAAUGCUUUCCCAUGGGAAAGCAUUGCGAUUGGCUGAGAUCAUCUAUACUGAUGAUGUCAGCCAAGGAGGUGGGGGUGGGGCCAGAUGCAAAUCACCUUUCUAACUCGAGGAAAAGGCGGCCGGCCACCUAAAUGGUGGUUUUAGAACCAUAGUGCCAGGAAUACACAUUUGUGCCCCUUUGAGGUGAAAUAUAAUUUCUAUAUUCUUAGUGGUCUUCCAGAGAUUUGAUUUAUUUCACAUUGAUAUGCAAAACAAUAAAUGUUUUAUUUUUAAGAUAAAAAAAUAUAUAUAAAAUAAUAAUAAUAAUAAUAAUUCCAACUGGUUCAGUCUCUCACACAUCCUAUUUCUAUAAUCAAUUUACAUUUUACAGGGUUACUUACUAAAAUGAGAAUAGUUAACUGUGCUUCUAGAUCUGCUGCUUUGGCCUCUAAUUUGACAUUUAUUUUGAAGUCACAUUGAAUUUCAGACAAUUUUCACUUUAGCAAAUAACCCUGUUAGUCAUAAGAUUUUGUGAUUAGGGUUUCCCCAGAAAGGGACGAUAACAAUUUUUCAUUUUUGUUUCAUAACGCACUGCCGCUCUUUCUUCUGAAAUGUUAACCAUUAGUACACAAAGGAUAAGCCUCACUUCCAAUAUUUAGCAGGAUCUCCCCAAACAUUGGAGGGGAAUGUAUGGGUCCAAGUAAAAUAUUUACUCCGCAGCCCCAUCAAUUUGUAUUUGUCUUCCUGCCAUGGUACAGGACAUUGUACUUUACAAGUGGGUUAUUGAAGCAGAUCUAAUACAUCUACUGUGUUUCAAAACAAAGUACAGAAUUUUAAUGCAGCUCUAGCGCUCUCUAAUAGCAGUGCUCACAAGCUGGCUAUGUCGGCGUUAAUCAACAUACAGUUCACUAACCUCAUGCUCUACAGGAAUUUAAGAUCUUACAGUUAUGCUGAAUCACACAAAGUCCUCAGAGAAAUGUGGGCCUCUAUAUCGAAGUUUUCUGGAAGAUUGAGAUAAGAGCCAAAGUUUGAAUAAAAAUUGCUGAGCAGAGGGGCUUGUUUGGCAGCUCAACAACCAGAACAACACCGUCAAAGUACUAUUAAAGGGACUGGAAGAUUACCUUUAGUUCUAUUAAAUCAGGGACGCUAACCUAUUUCAGUGGGAGAGGGACACCCAAAUUAUGUACAUGCAUUAGCUUGGUGACCAAUUCUUCAACUGGAAAAUAAGCUCGGUAAUCAGAUUGUAAUGUACUUCAUAUUGAAAUUUAGUAAAAUUAUUUUCACGCCUUUCAUUAUCCAAAGGAUCUCCACUGCAGUAACCUACUAAGAAGGGGGCGGUGGGGGUAGUCCACCUUGUGUGACAUGUGGGUGCACACAGCACCCUUUUGUGGCCUGUUGCGCCGGGCCUGGGUAGAUUUUGCUAUCUUCUACCAGGGUCUAGUGGGGGUGGAGGGAGUUACAACACCGAUAAAGGCAGCAGGUGUGAACCACUUAUGCUGAUGGUAGAUAUAACAUAACAGUUACAGUGCACUAUAGUUGUGAUGGUGGUUGGAGUGUUUGUUUAAACGGACUUGAAUUCUAUAACAUAUAGCAACUCAUCCAGUGAUUGUCAUCCUUCCUAAUGAUUGCUACUCUUGCAGCUCUUAUAAACUCUUUACUUCUUUCUAAGGUAGAGUCUACGGUGGCUUCAAUAUCUGCCCUUAAACUGCCCCACCACCUAAGGUCGAAGCGUUACACGUUGACUCCAGGUCUGCUAAAGUGGGACCACUUCAACCUAACCUACAGGUACAUCAAUCUAGUUAUUACCAAAGGUACAUUAAUAGGUGAUUUAAUAUGGUGGAUCCAUCAUCAUCAUCUUCUAAAGGGUCUCCAUAAAAUAUUGAUAAAGUUAUUUAGAGAGACCCAAAUAUAGUUUUAUUGCAUGCAAUCACAGUUUAUUAUUACUGUUUCAAAACCAAUAUAGGUGUCACAUUUUAUUAAACUGUAAGCUCUCUAAUGUUUUCAGUAUAAAUCGCUUAGAGUUCAUUAUGUCUCUCACUAUGCUAAGACAAUUACUGAAACAUUACGACUGGGUUUCUACAAACAGAGAAGAAAGUCUUUGAUGUUGCACUACACCUCGCAAUAAAAUAUACCAUAAAAGCCAAAACAAAAUGAAAUCAAUCUGCAGUUUGUUGUUUUUUUGAGAGAGAGGGCAAGUAGAUAACUAGUUAAUUGGCAAACUGUAGGCAACUUUACAGUAAAUGAUAUUUUAAAUGUGCCAAUAUAACCAUUUAAGUGUGUGUGUGUGUGUGUGUGUGUGUGUAUGUAUGUAUAUAUAUAUAUAUAUAUAUAUAUAUAUAUAUAUAUAUAAAGGUGUGUCUGUAUGUAUUGUGAUUUGAUUUAUAUACUGUUUAGUUAUCUGGGGAUUUGUAUAAUGUAUGAAAACCUGUACAGUAAAUGACGCAUAUUUCAUGAGAAAGGGGCUUCACUUUUAAUCAGAUUUUAUAGCACAGUGUGUUUACUUUAGAAAUUAUCUCCUGCUCUGUUAAUUGAACUUAACAGGAGGCUGUUGCAGGCUCUAGGAGGCAAUUAACAGAGCAGGAGGAAUUCUAAAUUAAGUGCAUUGUGCAUAAAGGAAAGAUAAAAUAAAAUAGAUUCUCUAUCAGAAAGUGUAUAGGGAGGCUGUGUGAGUUGCUGCUUGGCGAAGCAGAAAAGGUAUGAACGAAGUGAUUUAACUUCUAAAAGGCAGAGAAUUUAGCAGUGAGACUGCAGAGACAUGAAGUAUGCUCCAAAACCAGUACGUGAAGCUGAAGUUGUUUUGGUGCUUAGUGGUCCCUUUAAUGCUGGAUUUAGUAAGUAAAAAUGUAAGAAUUUUGUUUUGGGGGGGGAGGGGAGUAUAUUUACAGCUGUUCCAAAAUGGCAACUACCAUAAUACUUAACCUGCAGGACUAGGCAAUACACACCUACAGUAGUAGACAUCUAUGAAUUAUGUAAGGCUUAUUCCCAAUUUAAAUAGCAUUUGUCCAGUAGUAGUAUCUGAUAUAACACAAAAUAAAUCUGCUUGGAACAUGAGGGAAGAAUGCACUGAGCUCACUCGAUAAGGCAGCAUGCCCACACGUGCUUAUAGAACAAAGCAAACAUUACGCACUACUUGCAAUAGCUUAGUCUGGGUUUUACGGUUAUCUGAGUAUCAAGUUAAUAGUAAAAAAAAUUAAGAUAAAAGAGAAUAUAUGACAUGGGGCGUUACACAUGUUAAGAAUCACUGAAACAAGCACAGCUUGAAAACUAAAUAGAGCCACGUAGAAUGUAUAUUUUCAAUGAACUGCCUUUCCCCAGAAGGGAUGCGUGCAGACAGUAAUUCUGGUGUUAAUUCUUCACCUCUUAUCUUUCUGUUACUAUUAUAAUCAGUAUUUUUCAUUCCCAGUAAAGGAUUCCCCAUAGAAGCAGGGUGUCUUUAGGGGAUCUAUCCUCUGAGCGCAUUCCUUAAAUAUGGGACAGAGCAAAGAACACAUGUAACACAAUAGCCAAGAUGUACAGUGUUGCCACCUAUUGUAUAUUCUAAUCCCACAUCACACUCUACUUAUACCAUAGCCAUUAGGUUUUUUUGUAUGUGUGCUCCAAAGAUUAUUCAGCAGGUUUUUUUUUUUGGGGGUGGGGGGGCAUGAAGGGUUUUCACCGUUGGUAUCUUAUAUAGCUGUCAACUGACAAUGUACCAGGAUUGGCUGUACGGAGUGCCCUUGUAUCAGCAAGGGGAUGUCAAAGGUCAAACGGCCUCCAGCCAAUCAACAGGAAGCAUGCAUAAAUCCAAUAAGAUUUAACCAUUCAAAAGUUACAAACAAGGCAGAUCCAACACCGUCAUAAACCCAAGUUUGACAUUUUUAUACUUUUUAGUAGUUUCUGUAUUUUUUUUAAUUCUUUAGUACAGCCUGCUCCAUCGCCCUCCAAAAAGAUGACUGAGGAGACAGUUGGCAAUAUAUACAGAUCAUUUUUUGAUAAUCAAGAUCAUCAUUCUUGAAUAAACAUUCUACAGUCACUUAAAAUAACAUUAUAUAUAUAUUUUUAUUUUUUUCAGAGUUGUGUCAUUCCCAAGGAAUUUGAUCAAUGAAAGUGACACCAAAAAGGGCAUAGCUGCAGCGUUCCGCAUGUGGAGUGAAGUGUCAGCAUUUCAUUUUAAGGAAGUUCCCGCAGACGAAGAAAGUGAUCUGAAGAUUGGUGGGUGUCUGCUCCGGAAUGUGAGCAGAUUAUAUAAAUUAUAACAAACAUUAUUAAGCACUACAUUUUUUGUGUUAUAUUAGAAAUCGAAGGACAUAACUUUUGUUUACAGUAAUUCAAAUACAGAUAAUUAUAGUAGACUGAUGUCAUGAGCCAUAUUGGUAUAAAACAGACAAAUAGUUGGUAAAAAAACAACAACAUUUCUAAUUACUGUUUGCACAGUUGGCAUAUUAUGAUGGCGAUAUUAAAGGGAUACUAUAGUCACCAGAACAACUAUAGCUUAAUGUAGUUGUUCUGGUGCCUAUAGCAUGUCCCUGCAGGCUUUUUAAUGUAAACUAUACCUUUUCAAAGAUAAGACAGCGUUUACAUUGCUGCCUAGGAACACCUCUAGUGGCCACACCACAGAUGGCCACUAGAGGUGCUUCCUGGGUCAGUGUCAAUCAUGUUAAACCUAUUUGUGUUGUAUUUUCCUUUUGGCUGCUAAUGUUUUAGAGAAGAGAUGGACAGUUCAUGUACUGUAUCUAGAUUCCACCAAAGUUUCUUACUGUGCCACGGGCAAAGUUAGUCUAAAAAUGUCAAUGAUUCGAACAGAUUCGAGUCAUUGCUAUAAAUGUCAAUCAAAUUCUGAUAUGUAUAGAAAUAUUCUAUGUUCUGAUUUUAUUCUUCCUGUUUCCAGGAUUCUAUGGAAUUAAUCAUACAGAUUGCUUGGAAUCGCGGAUCCAUCACUGUUUCGAUGGAACCACAGGAGAACUUGCACAUGCUUAUUUCCCCCAAACAGGAGAAAUUCACUUUGAUGACAGUGAAUACUGGAUUUUGGGAAAUACUAGAUUUAGCUGGAAGAAAGGUAAAUUAAUCAUCUUUUACCUGCAUCUGGUCUUUAUGUAUCUAGACCAGUAGUCCCCAAACCAGUCCUAAACGCACACUAACCAAGAAUUUCCAUAGUUGUUUCAAUAGGGAAACUGACAAAAUCUGGACUGAUGGUGUAGGCCACCGUUGGAACUCCAGAUGUUUUUGACUACAUCUCCCUUGAUGCUUUGCCAGCAUUACGACUGUAAAGCGUUAUGGGAGAUGUAGUUCAAAACAUCUGGGGUGCCGAACGUUGACUACCCCUGAUCUACACUAUAACAAUUAAUGGUAGUCUGUGUGUUCUAGAGAUAUUGCUUCUUGAUACAUACUAAAACAGUGAGUGUUGUUACAAUAUGGGUAACCAUGAACAUCAGCAUCCAAAAAACAAACACUCCAAAAUCAGAGUGUAUGUUACAGGGAAUAACUGUGUGUUUUUACACUUGAUUGGGCCAGUAUGGUCUCAGUCGUUUGACUUAUUGCUAGUUUAUAUAAAGUGACUCUGUUUUGUAGGCGUGUGGCUGACUGAUCUGGUCCAUGUGGCAGCCCAUGAGAUCGGACAUUCCCUGGGGCUCAUGCACUCUCUCAAUAAGAACGCCCUGAUGCACAUCAAUGCUACACUAACUGGAAAAAAAGUUAUCUAUCAGGACGAUGUAUGGGGAAUCUACAGUUUGUACGGUAAGUGCAGACUACAUGUAAUCUGAAUAAGGAAUUCAUUGUUUUGCCUACUGUCUUCAGGGUGGCUAGAAACAUGUGUUUGUAUCCUAGAUUUCAUUUCUACUGUCUUUGAAAUCUCAGAGAGAAUAUCCACCUAUGAUAAUUACUAAACAUUUUGCUAAAGCUAUUCGGUGCUGUGUCCUCUAUGAAUUCAGUAAUGAUCGAUAUAUUGUAUCUGGACACAGAACACAUUACUGCAGUGAUAAACCUGUAUUCCUGGCUAAACAUGGUAGCAUCACCUAUGGGUAACCUCUGCUCUUGCUGUCAGUACAAGGAUAAUUAAAUGAAUCAAUCAACAAAUACUAUAAAAGCCCACCAUUACCUCAACCAUCCAUACACACCCACCCAGACUGACACACAAACACAGACCAACCCAUACACACAUUCUAUCCCACACAAACAGAUCCCAAACACACACACACACAGACCAUCCCAUACAAACACAUGCUGCCCAUACAAACAGACACAUACCAACAUAUAGAUAUAUAUAUAUAUAUAUAUAUAUAUACACAUACAUACACAUACAUAAACACACACACACACACACACACACACUGACCUAUUAACACAAACACUGACCCGUUCAUAAACACACAGACUGACAGCGUGCACAAUCAUCAGCAGUUGCCUGGAUGCCUCUCUUUCCCGUGCUGCGCUGAGCUGAGCCUUUUACUCCCUGUCUCUCUCCCUGUGACCAAGAGGAAGUGAAAUAUAAUAACUUCCUCCCAGCACAGUGCCCAUCUGUUUGCACACAGAUCAUGGCUGCCUUCGCCCUCCCUCUGCAGUUUGCUGGAUAUGGAGAUGUUUGACCUCCCCACUAGCCCAGUAAGGGAGACAGAGCCCUACCUGGGCUGGUGCUGCUCUGCCUACUUUUUCCUUAGCAGGAAUGGGGAGAAAGAAACCUGACGCCGUUCCCACGCGUUUCUGCAGGACUCAAGGCCUGGUCUUUAAGUAUCAACUGCAUGUCAGUAUGGUCACAUCAUAACAAGGAAUUUCUAUAAUACAUGUUCUAUGGCGGUUACUAGAUGUUCUAUAUUGAUUUGGUGGAGGAUUGAGUAUUAGUUACUGGCAAUGUGUUUAUGAACACUCUAAACACCAAAACAACUACAGCUCAAUGUAUUGGUCAUGGUGUAAAUAGACUGUCCUUCUACUCUCAGCAAAGCAAACACUGCUUUUUCUGAGAAAUGACAGUGCUUGCUUUGCUUUCUAAUGCCUCCUCCACUUCAUUCAGAGAGCCACUAGGGAGGCUUUCUGGGUUAGAUAGAGCAGUGUUUGUAGGACCGAUGUUUGUAUCUCAGAAUGGAGAUACUAAAUGCUUCCAAUAGAGAUGCAUUGAGUCAAUUUAUCUCUAUUAUUAUUGUAACUGGUAUUUAUAUAGCGCCAGCAUAUUCCGUAGCUCGAUGAGAAGAUGCUGAUUGCCACACAUGCCUAUUAGCCCACUCUUAGCGCUUCCCUAUGAAGAAGGAUAUGGUUGUCUGAGAUCAUAUGUAAUGAUUAUUUCGCCAGCCAAUAACUGCUACAUUAUGGCUCUAAUAAACAUGGCACAAUGGAUCUUCAGAAGUACUUUUAUUUGCAUUGUUUAUUUUUCUUCAAUUCCAAUGGUUGGUUAAAAUGUUAGUCUAAUCUUCCUUCACUUCUCUCAGCCAACCUGCAAUGUCAAGGUUCGAUGAAAUUAAUAUUGGUAAUGUUUAAGUAUACAUUCCACAUUCUCCAUAAAACUGGAAAGUGGGCAGUCUCAGUUUGCCAAAAAGAGCCCUGUUUUGUUUUUGUUUCCUGAAGAACUUGACUAAAACAUGGGAUGAUGUCCAAUUUACACCAUAACCACUACAUUAAGCUGUAGUGGUUAUGGUUCUCACCCUGACAGAUUUUGAUCAAAUUCACACAGCAGAAGCUAUUUUAGAGUGUAAAGAUGCAUGAUGCAAAAUAAAUAUUAGUGACAAAUAUACACUGGGAUUUAUUUUAAAAAAUGUGCAUGUGCCCAUUCAGGAUGAAGUUGUGCUUCUGAAUUUGCAUUUCUCUUUCAGGCUGCAGAGACAGGUACUUAGUAUGUGCUUCGUGGGCUUUGAAAGGCUACUGUGAAUCCAGGAGGCGUCCUAUGCAAAAAUAUUGCCCUUAUAGCUGUGAUUUCUGUUAUGGUAAGGUUUUAUUACCUGCAUUCUAUCAAACCUUGAUUGCUAUUAAAUUCUACUGAAUAUAGAGAAUGAGGAUUUUACCGUUUGUAUCUUUUCUUUUCUGCAGAUUUUCCAUUUCCAACCAAAAUGCCCACACCUACUCCACCCCGAACGAAAGUACGAAUGGUUCCCGAAGGUCGAAAUGUUACCUUUAGAUGUGGGAAAAAAAUUAUACAUAAAAAAGGCAAAGUUUAGUAAGUACAGUCCUUAUCAUUCUGCUGCCAAUCACUGCCCACUGCUUUAAAUCAGCCCACAACCCCUGUAUGCUAGUGACCAUGUUGGCUAUUGCACCCCUUGUCAGCCCUUCCAUGCUGUAUUACUAAGUAAUAUUUAUCGUUAUAAAGACACUUAAGAAACUGUGGGGUGAGAAUACAAUCAAAGGGAGGAUCAGGACUGCCUGACAGAUCGGAGUGAUAUUCUACUACUUGUAGACAUUCCACCAAACUAGCUGCUUGUGGGGAUUUGCUGCAAACAUAUUCCGCAAGUACAAGUGCUUAAUGUAGAGUGUCCGUUUAAAUGUCACAUACUAAUCAGGGUUUAUCAGGGCACUACUUAAAUAUACAAGAAAAAAAAAAAAAACAGGAAAAAAGUCAGAAUCAUUGUUGUCCUGUAAAAGCUUAUAGAGGCCAGUUAUAUUAAUAAUUUUCUGAUAGGUUAUUAUCUAGAGAAAACAAUUUAUGUCAUACUUUUUAUUUUUUAUUUUUUAAUGAAAAGUAUUCUUUUUACAUUACAUUAGCUUGGCUAGAUUUCAGUCAGGAAUUGAUGCAGUGAUGAAGCACAUACAUUGAAAGGAAAAUCAACUGCCCAGCCUGUAACCUAUGAAUUUGAGUGUAAAAAUAUUCUUCAUAAAACAAUUUAUGUUGAAAAAAAGUUGUUUUCUUGGGAUAACACUUUGUUUUCUCAACAUAAGUCAGAAAUUUUAAAAAAAUACAAAUACAUGGCCUCUCUGGGCUUCCAUGCGUCUUGUUGAUUUUGAGCAAAAUAAGCGAUUUUCAUAUUGAAUGAAUAUUUAGCAAAACAAACCAUGGAAGACUCACUUAAAUGUUUUCAUGGCAAAAGAAAUCCAUGCAACGUCUCAGUAAUAGGUUUGAAUAGGUUAUAUUAGUGUACAAUGUGUUACAUGAUUCUAGCCAGGUUUGCAAUGGUUUAAUUUGCCCUCUCUACCCACAGCUGGUACAAAGACAAAGAGCUUCUGGAGUACUCCUAUCCCGGAUAUCUCUCUCUCAAUGAUGACCACAUGAGUAUAAUUGCCAAUGCCAUUAAUGAGGGUCUCUACACCUGCAUUGUGAAGAAACGGGAUAGAGUACUCACAACUUAUUCCUGGAGCAUACGAGUGCAGGAAACGUAGGAUUGUGUUCUCCAUGCUCACAUCCUGCCCAAUUAAAUGUCAACUGUCUGGUUGGUAGGAUGCUGACAACAUACAUCAGAUACGUCCAGAUGUGCAUGGACAGGAGAGUUCCUUAAUGUAACUGGUCAUGUACAACAGCUGCUCAAAGCCUAAAGAAUCAAGUCUUUCCAUGUGUCAAGUCCGCACUUGAUACAUCUCCAAGCCCGUCCUUGAUACAUUUUAGUUAUUAAUUAGCAGCACUCUUGGUUCUGAUGGUAUUCUUUCAUUAAACAAAACAGAAAAAAUUAAUAAAAAUAAAGCUUUUGCACAUUAAUCCCUCACAAAAUGUAAUUUGCUAGGGAGGUACAAUACCCUUCACCAGGGUAGCAUUUUAGAUAAUUAUUGUUUUGUAUUCCGGUCUAGAAGUAGAUGAUAUUGGAUAGAUCCAAUAUCUCCAAGCAAAUCAGUGAAUAAUACAAACUUGAAGACAUCUUGUGUUUCAGUAAACGUGCAUUUUGUGCCCCAUUCCAGAUAAUAGCAUUUUAUUUUACUUUUUUUUUUAAUUAUACUACCUGUUAUUUAGAAUCACUGCUUUAGGGACAAAUAUUUGUCAGAAACUGGUGCUCCUUUGGGUUAAAGUUUUAAUUGUGAGACACAUUAAAUGUGUUUCUAGAUUCAUUGCACUUUAUGUAGCACUUUGUCCACAAAUAAUACGCAUUUUAAGCCUUGAUAUGUCUCUUCACGUACCAUAGUAGAUGUUAUGUUUUGUCAUCACACAACAUUAGAAAAAGCCUUACCUGAUUAAGAUACUCUGUAUUACACUAUUGGCAUGGCCUCCAGCAUGGUGCUAUACAGGUAUGUUACAUACGUGUGACUAAGCCUUCUUUAAACCUACUAUAACCAACCCGUUCCAUGUAGAUGAUUGUUCUUGGUCUCAUUAUGACAAUGGGAUUCAUUCACAAUACAAAGAAUUGUGGAGAACUAUCAUAGGUAUUGCAAAAUUAUAGCCAAAAUGACCAAGUUCUAAAUAAAAUAGUUAAUUUGGUAGGUUUCCCUUCCUCCCUCCCUUAAAGUCCUAGAUUAGUGAUUAGAUUGCAUGUUCGUUUGGGCCUCUGUUUAAUAGUGCUAGAAGUAUUAAUUGUGACUGUAUGUACAUCACUGUGGGUUUAAUGUAAUUUACUCUGUGCUGUGCAAUAGGGGCGUAAGGCCCCAGUUCAAAAAUUAGAGAAGGCCCUCAUUGUCACUCCUCCCUAAGCAAUACUUGUGGAAGCUGUGUGUGAUUGUGCGGUGGUUGACUGAGUAUAAUAUCUCUGUCUGAAUUUGGAGGAGUGUGAUUGUUUAAGAGAGAGAAGGAACACCAUAGAGAGCUGAAGAAGGAGUCAGAGGGAGGGAGGGAGAGAAACAGAGAAAUACAGGAAGGAAAGCCGAGGAGGGAGGUCGGAAUGGAGACAAACCAAAGAAAGAGAGACAAAGGGACAGAGAACUAGACAAGUAAAUUGAUACAGAGACAGAGAAGGAGGAAGCACGAUAGACACACAAAGAGGAGAGCCAGAUAACUAGAAAGUUGAAGAGAUAGAAAGAGAGAAGUAGAGCCAGCCUUAUAUGUGUGCAAGGAGAGAUCAGGCACAGUAUGAGCCUGAACCUUCUGCUGGGCUUCCCCUCUGCUGUCUGAAGGCUGUGGGCAUCUCAGGGACUGAGAGAGGGGCGCUUCCAGCAGAUUAGGAGGCAGCUCAGCCACAAUUCAUGGUCUCCACCCAGAAAGAUGGAAAGAGAAGUGAUAGGCAAUGAGCUCCGGCAUGAUCACUCAAUUGCCCUCCGUUGGACACAAACAAAUGAAGACGACCGCAGGAUCAUCCCCCACCUGAAACCAGUUGCUGUGUAAUUGGUUAUUUAGUAUAGUGAUGAUCAGGCAAUAUACUAUAUAACAUUUUUGCAAGAGGGAGCCCUUGACAGACGGGACUCAAGGGCCCAGUCGCAAUAGCCCCUGGAAGUUCCGCCAUUGCUGUACAAAACUUGUUACAUGCAGUGCAUGGAACCCACGGUAGGCAAAAAUACUCAACUAUAGCUCAUUGGUUAGCUCCUUAGUUGAGCUAGUGAGGAUUUCAGUGCUGUCUGUCUUAAUGCUAAGAAAUGAAAGCGAAGACUAGUGUUUACAACAUCAUGACCACAACUUUAAAUGAUAGUCAAACAACAUUUUGUUGCAGGAAAGGAGUCAUUCUGCCUCCCACGUUAGAUGCAAUAUGUAGGUCAGAUUACAUUCAACGACGUAUAAUAUUUAGGCUUAAACAAAUGUUUUCUCAGAAGCUCACCCUCCCAAUCUGUAGCGUUCCCUCUUUUGCACCAAAAUAUACCGCGGGAAGUUGUAAUUCUUGCUUUUUUUUUUCUAUUUGUAAUGUAAAGCUGCCAUUUCCCAGCUGUGCUGGGAUUUAUAGCAUCUGGUUUGUAAGCCACAUAGUCCUUCAUUAUUGGCGGUGUAACUUGCUGGUCAGGCAGAGCUCAGCGCAGUGCCUGUGGAAUUCCAGCAAGUGAAGGAACAUUUCAUUAUUUUCAGUUACUGGUUUUUAUAUAGAUCUUGAUAAAUCGAUUUAAAAAUAAAUGGAUGUUUAAAUGUUAUUUACGUUUUGUUCUUUUACCCCAGCUACUUUAUUUUCUGUUUAAUAAAAAAAAAAAAUUAAAAGCCCAAUUAUCUGACAUGGGAUGAAUAGCUAGCACCUAAAUAUAGGACAAAUUAACAAUGUUGUGUUUCAAUCACGAUGUAGGGAUUAAAAAAAAAUAAUGCCAAUUUGUACAAUUUUAAUGUAGUGUUUAAAAAUAUUAGAGAGAUAAGAUGUUCUGAGACUAUAUGGUAUCCCUUAACAAUAUUCCAGGUUGGAAAUUCAAUUGACAUAUAAUUAUAAAAUAACAUGAUUUACUGUAGCCUUUACAGUAAGUGUGGCAAAUAAAUAAAAAUGGACAAUUACCACGAUUAGAAGUAUUGAAAGGGCUUGGGUGCCAUAUUUUUAACCCAGCCUCCUAAAAAGUCGUCAGAAUAUAGAAAUGUCUGCAUGUAGGCAUAAUCUGCACAUAAAACAAAAUUUUAAAAAAGCGAUAUCUAACUUUUCGUACUAUAAAGGCAAUUGCAGACCGUCAUUGCAUCCUGUCAAGAAUGCCUGUAAUGCACUCACUAUGCAAAGAUAUGUGGUGCUGUUCUGCACAGUACUGACGGUAAGAAGAUUUUACAUUUUGCCUUUAUAGAAAAAACAAAAAACAAAAAGGCAUUCAUUAAACAAUUGUUUUUAAUUUUAUUUUUCCAAAGCUUUAGUAUUUGGUUUGAAUAGCUGCUGUAGCUAACACCCAUAUGCACAUUUGGAAGCAUCCACCUCCCAAAUAACUAUAAAAUCUUUUGAUAAGCACCUGUGCUCAGUGGAGUUCCUAACUUACUUUGAGAUUUUUCAAGAAUAAGAAGUAUUCUAAAACAAUGGCAGAAGACUAAGCAGACAAUGUAAACGGUUUGCAACACGAAAGUGAAACUCGUGGUUAGGGGGACUCCAAACUCUACAACACAUCAGAUACAUCCAACCCACAUGAACAAAAUUUACAGUGACACUGUACAAGGCUUUUGUUUAAAGUUAAAUACAGGGUAGUGGGAUAUUUGUUUAAAUGACCACAACCAAACCAAUAUCUUCUACCGAAGUCUUUACAACAAUAAUGGUUAAAAAACAAACAAAAAAAACUAGGGUGUGUGGUUAGGACUUCCAGAGGAUGUUCAAGAUUUUGGCGUGAGAGGGUAGAAGACAGAAAUUAGGCUUAGACAGAAGGUAGAGAGGCCUAAGAUACCUUAGACAGAAGGUAGAGAGGCCUAAGAUAUGGGUAAAGAAAUUUAGGCCAAGGUUUUUAGAAAGAGCUGGCCCCCAAACCAGUCCUCCAGUAGUAAAGUGAUCAGUGUCAAAAACCUUUGUAAAUGGAUCUUUAGAUAGCUGGUUCUAUUACGAUUAUGACAGGUAUAGAAUGGAUACUCAUUGGAUCUUCACGAAGUGGACAUUGGAGUAAAUUAGAGGCGGUGGGUAUGAUUACUCAGACUUCACAUAGAGAGGAAUCUGUAAAUCACAGUACUUGGAGUAAUACACCAGGGACAAUGGGUGUUGCACAAUUGCAAUCUGUACACAUGGCAAUGCUGCUUAAAAAAAUAAUAGAAUUUAAAAUAGAUUUGAUUCAGGUACAUUUUAACAGGAAUCCUUGAGAAAUGCCUACGGUGCUAUAGUUAAGCCUAUAACAAAAAACAUGAACAGGACAUUGAAGCUUUGCAUUUUAUAAUAAAGUAUGUAUUGUAUCAUAUUAAAUUUAUGGUGAAAUUCGGAAAAAUAAAGAAAUG